AUGGAAGACUCAACGGCAACUCCUGCGCCUUCUGGCACCACGCCUCCCGAUUCCCCGCGCACAUUCAAUGAGCGGUUUGCGCAGUACAAGCAGGGAUUCGAGUCCACGCACCCGCAUGCCGCCGAGGCCACGUCGUCCGCCUUCCAGGUCGCCCACGCACCCCUGGCGGAUGGGGUGAGCGAGGUCAACAUAUUCGAUUUCGACGGCACCCUCUUCCGUUCGCCCGAGCCCAACUUCACCAAGUGGUCGAGCGAGGCCGUCGGCAAGCUCAAGGGCCACCCCAGGGACCGCGGCCUCGGGUGGUUCCAGGAGGUGAUUACGCUGUCGGCGCCCUACGUGCCGGUGGCGCCGGGCGAGGAGUGGUGGAACCAGCAGCUCGUGAAGCGCGUGCGCGAGUCGAUGGCUUCCGAGUCGGCGGUGACCGUUCUGUUGACCGGCCGCACGGAGUCGUAUCGGGAGAACAUCCAGACCCUGAUCAGCCACCUCAACCUGGCGUUCGAUGUCGUCGGCCUGAAGAGCCCGCCGGAGAUGAAGACGAUGGAGUUCAAGAAGGAGUUCAUCGACGGUCUGGUGGCCAAGUACAAGCCGCGCAAGAUCAACAUGUGGGAGGACCGCCCCAACCACCUGGAGGAGUUCAGCCGCUUCCUGCUCGAAAAGAAGCAGCUCCAGGGCAUCGACUUUGAGGUAUCCAUUCCACUUCGCUUCACUUUCACUCUGUCGCGAUGA